AUGGCGCGUAUGGUCACAUCCCCUUGUUCAGGAGACCAUGUUACGACCAAAAAGCCAAAGAACGCCGUUAACCAGAAAAGGGUCCGCCACACGAGCCCAAGUACCAGCCAGAGCGCGUUCAAACCCAUCGCGUCUCCAGGACAAUCGACCGAUGUAGCAACCGAAGACUUCGAAAUCGCCUCCGCACUGAAGCUCAUCGCCGUCUCAGUGACUCAGCAGCGCCGCAUCGCCGCCAAAUCCCUCGUCCUCCACCCGACCACCCUAGCACUGGUAGCCGUGAGUUUCGCAUACAGCGUCGGUGUCGUUUACCAUGACCCAUCUGGCUGGCCCUACAUCGUUAUUAUCUGUGUUACCGCGGUAUUGGCCAAGCUAGGCAUUGUCACACGUUUGCUUGAGAGGUACAACGAUGAGGCUGAGAAGGUUGGAACAUUGAACUGGUUGUACGGGUACGAUCCUAGCAAAGAUGUCAGCGCUACCAGUACUCAAGAAGACCCCGACUUCAACUCGGAUAAUGGAGUUACCUUUGUACUUGUUCAUCGGUUUGGGGGCCGUAUUGUCGGCACGCUUGUAAUGAGCAUCGCUUACAGCGGCAUCCAACCCCAUCCGAAAGCCAACGCGACAACUCUCCCAACGGGCGAAAAUUACGAUGCCUUUAUACGUGCCUGGACAGUUCAAAAAGGCUUCCGUGGCUAUGGCGUUGGCGCUGCGCUCCUCAACGAGGCUGUUACGAUCUGA